CAGUCUUUAUCUAUAAAUGGUUUAACUGUUAUUCUAAAUAAGAUUAAAUAUCGCUUAGAUCAAUGUGUAUGUUUUGUAUAUGUAUACUGCACAUAUAAUAUCAUACUAUCAUCUAUUUUACUGUGUCUAAAAAUAGAUUUUACACACAGGUUAACCUAGUUUACUUGUGAUAUUAUCAAUUUCAUAGCUUGUAAACAUGGAAGAAAAGUCAGUAAUAAACGGAUUGAAGCUGGACAAAAUACAAGAGGCUUUCGAGAAGGCAAGAGAAGGUAUUGACAUACCAGGUUUCAAGUUGGUACUAGUUACACCUGAAUAUUAUGACAAGGCAAUGGACUUCAUACGGGAUCAUUUUAUUACAAAGGAAGCAGUUCAUUUGUCGGCAGGCCUUGAAUGGACAGAUGAAGUUAAAACAAUCUGCCUGCAGACAUUCAAACUAAACCUGUCACUAAUGAUAAUAGACGAACAGACCGAAGAAGCAGCGGCAAUUCUCCGAACAUCAGUACAAAGCAAGAACGCUUGUGAAAGUCUAGACAACAUACAAACAAAGUCACUUAAGGAAGCUAUGCGGUUCAACAAUAUAUGUGACGAAUAUGCGGAUUUCUUUGGACACUUUGGUACUGAUGAAGCGUUUCAUAUCGACGCACUUGCAGUUGCUGAGAAAUACCAGAGGCAAGGACUUGCAACAAAUAUUUUCAAAGCAACAGUUGAUAUGAUAUCGAAGUUGGGGAUAGAUCCCGUAUACAUAAAAGUUGAAGGCUCGUCAAUUUAUUCUAAGAAGGUUUUCGAGGCAGCAGGUUUCGAGACAUUGUCCGAGAAGUCAUUUGAUUCGUGGCAAUUUCCUGUUCAAAUUAAGAGGUCAGGUGUAAAUACGUCUCAAAAAAACUAUGGGUUAAGAAUUGCAAAGAAAAUGUAACAAAAUACAACAUGGUUUUACCUGCAAGAACGGUGUACUUUUAAAGCUUUUAUCUGGCGAUUUUUAGUCUAGAUUUUGCUAUUAUUCUUGGAUAACUGUGAAUGAUAAAACAGAUGUGUAAGCUAAAACACUAAGAACUACAAUGUACAAUGUAUUUGAAUAUAACGUUCAUUUGGGAAAUAUAUUUUCGUACCAUUUGACUAUCAUGUGCAUUUAUAAGACCGACAGGUUGAGAUUCCAGGAAAACAAACAUUGACUAUGCUAGAACUUUGAUUAUUAUAUUUGAAACACUUUCUAUGAAUGAACAAUUUUGCAGAAUCUGUAGAAGGAUCCGUCUAACGCAUAGAAAGCAGCCAAACAAAAAAUAGCAAACUCGGUUUGACUGAGCCUAAUCGAGAGAAGUAGUGUUGUAUUGCGCACCCACGCACAGGUUAAAGCUGGACUAAGUUAUACAGUAGGCAUAAAGUCGGGCACCGUAACACCACAGUUCUAAGCAGAGAAUAUAACAAAAAAGUGUUUGUAUGAAUGCGUAAAAUUACAUUCCCAGAUCCUUAGAAAUUCUUGACCGCACUUAUGCACAAAGCGUAUCGAAAUACGGGCAUAUCGCGGAAGGUCAACUACAGUUUUACGGUGUAUGAUUGUUGCAAGUUAUGCAGUUUUCGUUGUCAAAGAAAUAAGAAGUUAAAGUAUGUUUGCAACUUAAGUAAUUUCGAAAACGGUUUCUUUCGUUUUUGUUCAUUCAAACUUUUUGUGUUUCUUUUUUUAAUUUAUAAAGGAUGCAUGAAUGCAAAGAUCAAUCGUAGUAUAGCAGCAACAAUAUUUUUAUGUUUGAAUGACAAGCACGCGUCUUUGAUUUUAGAUGUUAUAUUAUUGUUUAUACGCUUAGCAUUACAUUUUAAGAAAGACAAUUCAAACAACGCCAACUCAUAGAAAGAAAGAUUUGUUUCACAUGGAAACUGAACAUAUACACUCAACAAAAUUCCUAAUUGGUCAGUUUAUAUUUGUAUUACUGUUUUGUCAAUAAUACAUGUAUUUACAUGCAAAUUUCAUAUGCCGACAUUUGAAAAGGUACUGCAGCUAACUAUUACUUUAUUUUUGGUGACUCCUAGCCAAAGUAACCGCAUUAGGCGUUUUGUCUAAUAUUGGAUAUUAUGCACGUGCAGUGCAUGUGCACCAACAUGCACGUGUUCGUUUACAAUUUUGGCAUUACUGACGAAAGUCCAACCAGAAAAACACAUAUUAUGGUGAAAUUGACACAAGAGCAAUGGGAUCGCGCUGUCGGAAUGUUGCUAGCUGGGACACAUUUACGGCACGUGUGUUACUGUUUUUACAAUUUCAAUAUAAUUUUGAUGUUAUUUGUUUGUAACUGUUACUUUGAUGGUUAUUUCCAUUUGUAACCUUAUUUCCGUUUACAAGAACCUUCACUCGUUGGUUAUCUACCAUCCACGCUCUUUUAUUCGAAAUUUAACCAAAGUACAAUUCAUUGAAAUGACCAAUUUUGAAAUUUGUUGUAUAAUUCCAACAACCCGAGCGCGUUGCUCUUGUGUCAAUUUAAUGCUAUGUGUUUUUCUAGUAGGGCUCUCGUCCUUUUGUAAAAGAGCGCAUGUCUCCCCCAAUGCAAAGUCCUAUAGGCAAGAAAUCAAUAGGGUUCAGGAGCGAAAGUCAAAGAGACACUGAUGGUUGGCUGCAAUAGGGAUCAUCUACUUGGCAUGUUCAGUCAUCCCGCUAAAUUUCAACACUCUUGGCCUAGUGGUUCUCAAGUUACUGUUCAGGCUCCUGUGACCUUGACCUUUGAUCAAGUGACCUCAAAAUACAUAGGGGUCAUCUACUCUGCAUGUCCAAUCAUCCUAUUAAGUUUCAACAUUGUAGGUCAAGUGGUUCUCAAGUUAUUUCCACAAAAUGAUUUUACAUGAACAGGCCACUGUGACCUUGACCUUUAAUAGACUGACCCUAAAAUCAAAAGGAGUCAUCUACUCUGCAUGUUAAAUCAUCCUAUGAAGUUUCAACAUUCUGGGUCAAGUGGUUCUCAAGUUAUUGAUCGGAACUGGUUAUCAAUGUUCAGGCCACUGUGACCUUGACCUUUAACGGAGUGACCCCAAAAACAAUAGGGGUCAUUUACUCUGCAAGAACAAUCAUCUAAUGAAGUUUCAACAUUCUGGGUCGAGAGGUUCUCAAGUUAUUGAUUAGAAAUGGUUUUCCAUGUUAAGGCCCCUGUGACCUUGCCCUUUAACAGAGUGACCCUAAAAUCGUUAGGGGCCAUCUACUUUGCAGGACCAAUCAUCCUAUGAAGUUUCAUCAUUCUGGGUCAAGUGGUUCUCAAGUUACUGACCGGAAAUGGUUUUCAAUGUUCAGGCCCGUGGCCUUGACCUUUAACAGAGUGACCCUAAAAUCGUUAGGGGUCAUCUACUCUGCAUGACCAAUCAUCUUAUGAAGUUUUAUCAUUCUGGAUCAAGUGGUUCUCAAGUUACUGACCGGAAAUGGUUUUCAAUGUUCGGGCCCCUGUGACCUUGACCUUUAACAGAGUGACCCCAAAAUCGUUAGGGAUCAUCUACUCUGCAUGAUCAAUCAUCCUAUCAAGUUUCAACAUUCUUGGUCAAGUGGUUCUCUAGUUGCUGACCGGAAAUGGUUUUCAAUGUUCAGGCCCCUGUGACCUUGACCUUUAAUGGAGUGACCCCAAAAUCAAUAGGGGUCAUCUACUCUUCGUGAUCAAUCAUCCUAUGAAGUUGCAAUAUUCUGGGUCAAGUGGUUCUCUAGUUAUUGAUCGGAAAUGGUUUUCAAUGUUCAGGCCCCUGUGACCUUGACCUUUGACGGAGUAAACACAAAAUCAAUAGGGGUCAUCUACUCUUCAUGUCCAAUCAUCCUAUGAAGUUUCAACAUUCUGAAUCAAGCGGUUCUCUAGUUAUUGAUCGGAAAUGGUUUUCAAUGUUCAGGCCCCUUUGACCUUGACCUUUGACAGAGUGAUCCCAAAAUCAAUAGGGGUCAUCUACUCUUCAUAACCUAUCAUCCUAUGAAGAUUCAACGUUCUGGGUCAAGUGGUUCUCUAGUUAUUGAUCGGAAAUUGUUUUCAAUGUUCAGGCCCCCGUGACCUUGACCUUUGACGGAGUGACCCCAAAAACAAUAGGGGUCGUCUACUCCAGCAGCCCUAUAACUCUGUGAAGUUUGAAGGUUCUAGGUCAAAUGGUUCUCCAGUUAUUGCCCGGAAAUGAAGUGUGACGUACGGACGGACGGACGGACAGGGCAAAAACAAUAUGUCUCCCCCAGAGGGGGAGUGGGGUGG